AAAGACAACACCUCAGAGCACCACCACCUUCAGUCAACCGUGCCAGCGUUAUCUAAUCGGAUGCGGUGUGUUUGGUGGACUCUCACCGGUCAGCAUCUUCCGCUCUGCAUUUCUGGGUUGCUCAACCAAGACCCCGCAAGAUUUUUUUUUUUUUCUUUGUAUUUUGUGUUAUUAUCUUGUGUACGUCUAAUUUCGCCUCAAUCAAAAACGGGCGCGUUGAGAAAAUAUCUGUGUCAGCGAAGAAUUUCUCCAGUGCACCUGCCCAAUGAAACGCGACAACCGUUAGAAUCACGCCCGAAGCUUCAUUUAAUCGUGGUUCAAGCUUUACGAGUGCCGGUAAAUGAGAGAUUCAAGGGUAACCUUGCAAAAAGUGUUGAACUGUUUUGAAUAUCCUACAUUUGACGCGUAACAACAAACCCAGUGAAAACAAAACUAAGUCGAAAUAUUUACCAAAUGUGAAUGCCAGAAAGGUCAAUGCUUUGUUUCUGUGCUGUUUUGAGGAGUGCUCUCUCGUGUGAAAUUUUUCGCCGUGGACAGGCAAACCCAAAUGGGUCACGACUCACUGCUGCUGUGUGAUAAUGACCAACGCGAUUCUGAUCAACCGGUCUGCAACGGAAAUCUGCUUGCUGUUUACUCAAACAUACCUGUAAACGAAUUUGAAUAACUGAUGCCUGAAGACAGAUGCAUGGCUUGACAAUCCACCUAUCAAUAGUAGAAGCUGGUACCGUAGCUAAUCUUAAAUUCCGGAAAUUUGUCGUGCAGUGAAUGGAUAUUACAUUCCCCUAUGAGCCAAGAGAAGAUUAAUUAGACCAAAACAGUCGGUGCCGAGACCACCAAACAACGUGCGUACGUAUGAAUGUAGUAACCCGUCAGCAGCGAGCGCGGCGGUUAAGCACCAAGUUACCAUUGUGGAAAACGCCCUUGUCUUCUAAUACCCGAUCCAAAGUCGGAGUGCAAUCGUAGGACUGUAAUAAUCGUAAAAUGUCGUGUUCCUGCUGUUCUUGUGGUGGCAAUAGUAAUGCGAGAAGUGGGGAAAGUGGUUCUGGCUACCCGUACGGCCAAGACAGUGGAAAUGUAACAGAGAAACACUACGGCUGCUACAAGGUGGGCAUUUUGUUCUCGGUUAUCAUCAUCUUGCUUCUGUUGUUAGGCUGCGUGCCGAUAUUCUAUCUCACCCACAACAACAACCUGAUUCUACUGAUCCUGCUGGUAACGCUGAUCCUAAUCGGCAUCGUUACGUAUGUUUACUUCCGGUGGCAGCAUCGUCGGGCCCUGCAAAUGCGCCGCAACUACGAGGAACAGAAGAUGAAUCUGACACGGUCCGUCAAACGACCGGCUUCCAAUGGAUUGAAACAGGCAAAACCAGACCCAGUGGUACCAAAAAUCGAAAUUGACAAAGUUAAAAGUGUAGGACAGGAUCAGCCACGUUACUCGUUUAUUUGAGACCUUAAGUGUUUAAUCAAAAAUGUGACAAUGUUAAUGUUUGUCCAUCGUACCGUAAGAAGGAAUUCAGCAGGAUAAUAAGUCCCAAUUCAAAGGUUAGGUCUUAAGUAACAUUGAUCGAUUCUCUUCAUCGACUUUCUCUUCCGCUAAUAAUUUGGGUAUAGAACUUUUUCUUGUCCUUUUUGGCGUAUUAGAAGCUAGAUAAUAGUGUGCUAAAAAUAGCUGGGAAUGUCUUAACAUGGCAAUGAGGAUUCUAAGAGAAAGUCGGCGAAGAGAAUGCUACAUAGGACCUUCAGCUUGGAUUGCUAUCAAACAGCAUUUUCAAGGUUAGGUAUAUUAAUAUUCAGAAAUGAUAAAAAAUAUACAUCAACAUAAUGCAUCCCGUGAAAUAAUGUUAAAUAC